UCUAAUGUUUCUACCUGGCAAGCUGGAUCUCUCCUGAUGCAGGCUUGGAAAUGAUCAUAUGGGAUUGUUUUGCGGGUGAAUCUGCCGGAUGCGAUGCUUAACGGGUCGGAUUAAUGCUUGUUUUUUCUCUGGUUUUACCUGUUUUCAGUAUGGUGGAUGAGUAGAUUUUGAUAGGAUUUUAAUAAGGGGUUUCCCAUCUUCAGCUGGACCACCGUCAGUGCCUUUGUUUUGCAGGGUCAAUGGCAACGUGAGGAUCCGUGCAGCAGUUCCCGCGCCUCUGCACCAUGCGCGCGCCCCGCGGAGAGUCGUCGUCCCUCCUCGCGCUCCUCUUCCUGCUUCUGGCUGAGGCGCGGGAAAGCGGCGCGUGUCCCGCAUCGUGCGCGUGCUACGUGCCCACGGAGGUCCACUGCACCUUUCGGUACCUGAGCGCCAUGCCCCGCGAGAUCCAACCGGAGGUGCAGAGGAUAAACCUGGGGUAUAACAGUCUAACAGCAAUAAGAGAAAAUGAACUGCUUGGACUGGCAAACCUGGAGUUAUUGAUGCUGCACAGCAACAUGAUCCAGACUAUUGAAAACAGGGCGUUCUCCAGUCUUAAAUCCCUUCAGGUGCUAAAAAUGAGUUACAAUCGAGUGAAGGAGCUGCAAAAGGAGACAUUUCAAGGCCUGGAUAAUUUACUGCGUCUCCACAUGGACCACAAUCACAUUGAAUUCAUCCAUCCAGAGGCCUUCUACAGACUAACAUCUCUACAGCUGGUGCACCUUGAGGGCAACCUGCUCCAACAACUUCAUCCAGACACCUUUGUAACCCUGAGACACAGCCAGAUUUUCAAAUACUCACCAAUCAAGACUAUUUAUCUGUCUGACAAUGCCUUGACCUCUCUGCCCGCUACUGUGUUCUCUGGCUGCUACCAGCUAGAGAAUCUCUUCCUCAAUGGAAACCCAUGGUCAUGUGACUGUAAGAUGGACUGGUUCGCAGCAUGGAUGAAGAAGAAUCCAGGUGUCCUCAAAUGCAAGCGAGACAAAAAAUUUGCUGGAGAGCAGCUCUGCCCCAUCUGCGAAUCGCCAGUUUCCUCCAGAGGCAAACAUAUCUUUCAUCUGGCGAGUGUUGCAUACUCUUGUUCUAAGCCAUGGAUUUACCCCCAUUUGAAACAGAAGAACAUCACGAUGGAUGAGAGCAGCUACACUCCAGUUUUUCCCAAGGACUUCAUUGCGCCAAUCGGGAUGAUUGAAAUGAACAUUACAGACCAGUUUCACAACGAUGCUACCAUUGCAUGUGUUGUACAGAGACCUGGAGGACUGGAAAACUUGAACGUCACCCAAGGAGUGAGGGGUGAAGAUGUUACAACACUCUCUGCUUCUGUGACCACGUCGCUCGUUUGUAACAUCGACUACGAGCAUAUCCGUCGGCUCUGGAGCGUUUUGGCAACUUACAGUGACACUCCAAUGGUACUUGAGAGGGGGCUUCUCCUCACCAUGCCCCCUGCGAUGAUCUACAAGUACAAGCAAGCCAGGUCAAGUAGUGAUGAAAUCUUUACAGGGAUUGAAGCAGAGAUUAAGGCGAAUCCUGGAUGGUUGAUGCAAGAUGUUAUUAGCUUGCAGCUGGACCGCACCACAACCACAUAUUCAACCCUCCAUAUCAAAUAUUCAUCCAAUGUUGAAAUGAACAUUGAAAGCAAUAAAGUACAAAGAGAUCAGUACAGCUGGACUAUGAUCAAAAGGGAUAACCAGACCAGGACAGAGUCUUCGGUACUUUCUGGAGGGGUGGCUGAACUGAAUUGUCAAACCAGUGGUCAUCCCAAACCCUCCAUAGAGUGGAUAUUACCAGAUGGAAGUAAGGUUCGGGCACCGUAUACUAGCGAGGACCGGAGGAUUGUGAUUUCAAAUGAUGGGAAGCUUACCUUAAGGUCGGCAGACAACUCUGAUGCUGGCGUCUACCGUUGUAUCGCAACAAACUAUCUGGAUGCAGAUGUACUUUCCUUUAGGGUCACCGUGUUGUCUCCAGAUGUUGAGGAGGAGGAGGUCAAUGGAGUAAAGCUGUCACGUUCAGUGGGUGAGAGCUUACGUCUUGACUGUGAAGAAACAAGUAGCCCACAAGCCUCUGUUCAAUGGAUCCUGCCAGACCACACUGUCAUGGUAAAGUCUUAUGGAAACAAAAAGCUCUACCAAAAUGGCACUUUGGGAAUAUAUGGACUGACCGAACGGGACCAGGGAUUUUACAGAUGUUUAACUGCUAAUGAUCUUGGGGUAGAUUUGCUUGUCUCACUUGUAACAGUUUCAAAUAAUGGCUCUAAACAGGUAGCAGUAACAGCAGAUAUAGAAGGGUCUGGUGAUGACAUGCAGCCAAACACAGAAGAAGAUAGACUCAAUCUUCAAAGUGAAGAUCUUACCAGGGUACGCCAGGAAUCAAGAACACUCACCUCAGACCGUCCAUAUCCUAGGCUCAGACCCUCUCUACGUAGGGGACCAACUAAUAGGCAAGGUGGCAGCAGACGCCCUGGAUGGUCUAGAAGGAUUUUUGACAAAGGAUCUAGGCAGGUCGACCCUGAGCAGAUGGCAGAUUUUAUUAAGAGAUCUCAAAAAAAUAAACCAGUAAUAGAGAAAUCCGAAGCUGAUAAAGGGCUCUCUGUUGACAGUGAGGCAGGUUCAGGCAAUGAAAUUAUUGAAGGUGACCAAUUCACGCCUAGUCAAGUCACAACAAUAGUUCCAGAACUUCCAGAAAAUCAUUAUGUGAAUGUUGUCACCACUAGAGACCCACUAGACAACAAGAACAGUGAGAACAGUGCUGCUACUACUAUAGAUGAAGUCAUAAGUAGCGACCCAAGCACUUUUACUUUGACAACAGUAGAAAACCGUAUGAAUACAAUGACAACAGGUUCAUACUCCUACACAGAUGCCACCCCAAUGCAAGCCAGUGUUACCCUUAGAAACCAUGCAUUCCAAAGGGAUGAGACAACACCCCUAAUGGAUUAUUCAGUGACGACUAGCGAUAUCAAAUUUGAUAGCUUUGAAAAGAGUACAAUCCAGCCUCUACAACCAGUUACUUUAAAAUUUACAGUCACUGAGAACAUGGAUGAAACAGAGCUUCAGUUUUCUGGGGAUACCUCAGAGACCGUAACUGAGAUAAUUCCACGUCCUGGAACAAACCCUGCAGUACACACUUCCACAGAUCCUGCAAGCCAGACCACUUUCACAGCGGUCACCACAACAGAAAGAGAGCAAGACGAGAUCACAUUUCAUACUACUCAAAAAAUCAAGUCUCCUCGCCUUCCACCUGGAUCCACCAUCAUCUCCCACCAGCAGAUACACAUCAUUCCUCCCAAUAAAAAGCGACCAGGAAGGAGACGGAACUUCCCAAGCAGACGCAGGAUUAUCCGGCCAAACAAAAUCACAGACAUACAGUCAUUGUUGGAUAAAUUUAAAAUGCCAUCUGUGAAGCAUGAGGGUAAUGUCACUGUUCCGUACAGAGUUGAGUUGACUACAGACUGUAGACAAUGUGGAGAUCUGUCAACUGUAAAAUCCAAGACAGCAAUAGAACAAACAGUUGUCACUCCAACUAGCAGUGCAGUGCCAAUCUCUACUUUGAAAAAGACAGAAAAACCACUCACUACCUUCACUACAACACUAAGCACACCACUUGUAACUUCCGCAAAGAUUUUUACAAAGUCAAAUUCCAUCAAAGAAACAAAGAAACAAUCAAAAUCAAAUGCUGCCAGUGAAUAUUCUACUGAGCAAAAGCCAACUCAAGAUCCUUUGAAGAAAAUGUCAACCACUAUUGCAGCUACAACCACAACCACCAAGUCUUCUAAAGUCAUACGAGGAAAGAUACCAUGGCACAAAUUAUUUGGAGGCAAAGGAAGUCAGAGGGAAAUCCUUAACAGGCUUAGAAAACCAGUUAAACCACCCACUACAACACAGAGCACAACAUCAGCUCUAGCAACGACCACAACACCAACACCGUCAAGGGUCAUAACUACUCUACCUACUGCAGGAUCGAUAGUCUCACCAAUGACUGCCUCUCCUUCUGUGCUACAAAAGAAUCAAGACACCUCCGAGACAUCCUCUGAUGACUUCUCAGGAUCUUCAUCAUUUACAGAAUCACAGACAUCAUACACAGUGCUAACUUCAUUUACAACCACCAGUCCAUCUAAGAGUUUCCACACCACAGCUGCACCACAAAGGCCUGCAGCUACACCUACAUCUGGAUCCAGGUUGUCCACAGCUACAGAAUCCCAGAUUACUCCAAUUCUGCCAGCCCCACCAACAAUUCGAACUACAUCCAAAGAAGAUACCUUUGAGUCAAGUUCCUCUGGUUAUAGCCCAGGAGAGUCUGGAGGUUUUGUUGGCAGACCUUGGAGAAAUCGAAAGCCAGGUUUCCAUAGACGACGUUUCAGAGGAAGAAGGCCAAUGAAGAAAACAACAAAGCAAGCUCCAACUACCAAAUUUACUACACUGGGAACCACCUCCACAGCCCCACAGCCAGAGUUAAGAGUACAAAAGCCCUUGCAUACACCUAAUCGAGAGUUAGAGAAAUCCAAAACAUCUGGUAGUAAACAUUCUGAAAUUGAAGACAAGAAAAAACAAGCCAAAACCACCAUUUCCCCAAAAACCUAUACUACAUCAACCAUUGAACCUACAACAAGUUAUCCAACAACUUAUAGAACUACAUACACUCCAAGGCCAUACACCACUCCACAGUCCCAAUUAGUCCACAGUAACACAAGAGGACAACGCAGAAGGUUUCAAACCCAGAGACCCGUGAUUAGAAGAGUACGACCAGGCACUAGUAAAAAAGUACCAGAUCAUAAACGUGGGGACAGACUGGGACAACCCAAGCCCACAGCUUCAUCUGUAAAGGACAAGGACAGAUCUAAGGAGAGGACAAGUUCUGAGAAAACAAUAACGUUCGACACAGUAACCGUUCUCUCAGCAGAAGAAGGCUACAAGGGUAGUUCAGUUCCCUACAACAGUGACAUUGCCAAUGGACUCACAGAGACUUACGAUCACACUACAGGCUAUGACACUACAUCAUCGAAUACCAUUGGCUUUCAGUCGACUACAAACGACAUGUCCCGCAAGCCAAGAAUUGUUGGAGGAAAUGCAGCCAGUUUUACAGUCGAUUCCAAUUCUGACGCUUUCCUGCCUUGCGAGACAACAGGCAACCCUGAACCUGCCAUCAGCUGGAAAAGAGUCUCUUCAAGUACAGGCAGUAGCUUAACCCUCAAAGGCAAAAUGGGUAAAUUCCAAGUAUUCAAAAAUGGAACAUUACUGAUCGGAAAUGCCAACGUCAAAGACCGAGGACAGUAUCUUUGCCUGGCUGAGAAUGAUUACGGCUCGGACAAACUCGUGGUCACGCUGUCUGUUCUGGCUUAUCCCUCACGGAUACUCGAGCCAAAAGUGAGAGAGAUCAAGGUGCACUCUGGGAAAACCGUUGAGAUAAACUGCAAGACAGAGGGCAGGCCAGUGCCUGUGGUGUCAUGGAUCCUAGCAAACCAAACUCAACUCAGGGGUCAAAACAAUGAGCAUAGCAGAGUAAAAGUUACACCAGGGGGUACUCUGAUUAUCCAACAGGUGUCUACUUUUGACAGAGGUCACUAUAAGUGCAUGGCUAGUAAUCCAGCUGGUAUAGACACUGCCACUGUGCGACUGCAUGUGGUGGCAGCACCUCCUGGCAUCUCGGAAGAAAAAAGACAGCUGAUGAGAGCUGAGGCUGGACAGAGCGUCUGGAUUCCCUGUACAGCACACGGAGACCCGCAGCCCAUCGUACAUUGGGUUUUGUUUGACGGGACCAUUGUAAGACAGUUUUACUCUGACUAUAGAACGUCUGCCUUUGCAAAUGGUACUCUUCACUUGAAAAACUUGGAUAUCUCUGAUAGUGGGAAAUACGAAUGCAUUGCUACAAGUUCCACAGGAUCGGAGAGGCGGGUGGUCACUCUGUCUGUGGAAAAAACAGACAGCGCUCCUCAAAUAACUGAGAUUUCAGACCGAAGAACAGAGCUUAUGUAUGGUGCUCAACUUCAACUCAACUGCACUGCAACUGGAAACCCUAAACCCAGAAUUAUCUGGAGGCUUCCUUCCAAAGCCCUUGUGGAUCAGUACCACAGAAUGGGCAGCCGCAUCCAGGUGCUAAAGAAUGGCACACUCAUCAUCGACUCAGUCAGCGAGAAGGAUGCUGGGGACUACCUCUGUGUUGCUCGCAGCAAGGUUGGAGAUGAUCUGCAGCUAAUGAAGGUCUCUGUGUCUAUGACAGCAGCUAAAAUCGAACCCAAGAUUGUUGGCAAGAAGCAGGUACCUUACGGCAAGGACCUAAAGGUAGACUGCAAAGCCUCUGGUGCCCCCAUUCCAGAUAUUUCGUGGGGUUUACCAGAUGGUACCUUAGUGAACAGUGCCCUCCAAGCAGACGACAACAGGGGAGGACGAUCCAAACGUUACGUCUUGUUUGGUAAUGGAACGCUGUUCCUGAAUAGAGUAGGGAUGGAGGAAGAGGGUGACUACACAUGCUAUGCAGAGAACACCCUGGGCAAAGAUGAAAUGCAUGUUCACAUCACUGUUGUAACAGCUGCACCUCGGAUUCGCACUCCAAGGCUUACCUAUGCCAAGGUUAGGCCAGGAGGGAACAUCCGCUUUGACUGUGAAGCCGUUGGAGAACCCAAACCAAAGAUUUUGUGGAUGCUACCGUCCAGUGACAUGAUUGCAGCAUCAAACGAACGAUAUUUGAUGCACGUCAAUGGAUCUCUGGAUAUCCGUGAUAUCAAGUUAACGGAUGCUGGAGAGUACGUCUGCAUGGCCCGCAAUGCUGCAGGUGAUGAGAGCAAGGUAUACAAGUUGGACAUUGAUGGCAAUCCACCAGUGAUCAAUGGCUAUUACCAGAACAGGACUGUGGUCAAAGACACAGCAGCAAAGUACUCUAGGAAGCUAAUCGACUGCAAGGCAGAAGGGGAUCCAAUUCCAAAGAUUACGUGGAUAAUGCCAGACAACAUCUUUCUCCCAGCUCCGUACUAUGGGAGCAGGAUCAACGUCCACUACAACGGCACCCUAGAGAUACGUAACGUUCGACCUACAGACACAGCAGAGUUCAUCUGCAUGGCACGGAAUGAUGGCGGGGAAGCUGUGAUGGUGGUACAGCUGGAAGUAACCAGUCAGCUGAUGAGACCGAUCUUCAAAAACCCUUUCAACGAGAGGCUGGUGACUCGACUGGGGAAAACAACAAUACUCAACUGUUCCGCUGAUGGACAACCCCCGCCAGAUAUCUUCUGGACCUUACCCAAUGGUACUCAGUUCCUUGAAGGGUCUAACAGGGAUUCCCGCUAUCACAUUGGCAAGGAAGGCACCCUUGUCAUCUACAACCCAAGCAAAGAGGAUUCAGGAAGGUAUCGCUGUGCCGCCAAGAACAAAGUUGGCUACAUUGAGAAAUUGAUUGUCUUAGAUAUUGGACAAAAGCCUUACAUUCUAACACGGCCAAGAGGGAUUAUCCGCAGUAUGGCUGGGGAACCUCUUUAUCUUCACUGUCUUGCUGAUGGCAGCCCUCGACCCAACAUCAUUUGGUCCAUUCCAGGCGGCCAUGUCUUGAGCCGUCCUCAAUCUUCUGGUCGGUACCAGCUGAUGGACAAUGGAACACUGCUCAUACAUCAAGCUAAGUUACAUGACCGUGGGAACUAUGUGUGCAGAGCAAGGAACAAUGUAGGUGAGGCCAUGCUCACCAUACCUGUUCUCAUCAUUGCGUACCCACCUCGCAUCACUAACGGACCUCCACCUGCUGUGAAGGCAAUGGCAGGUACGGCAGUACAGCUCAAUUGCAUCGCUACUGGAAUACCAAAACCUGACAUUUCCUGGGAGCUGCCUGAUCGGUCAGUUCUUUCCACAGCUGGACAGGGACGUCCUAGGGGUAGCGAACUUCUCCAUCCACAGGGAACGCUUAUAAUCCAGAAGCCCACAGUUUCAGAUUCUGGUGUCUACAAGUGCUUAGCAACUAAUUUUCUUGGCACAGACACCAGAACCACAUAUAUGAGGGUCAUGUAGGGUGACAGGACUAAUAUUUCCAAAUGAUCUUGCAUGUAUGAUGCCCUUUUUUUUGACAUCUGACAACAUCUAGCUCUGUGGAUGCAAGUUACUGUCCAAUAUAUGAUGAUGAACAAUAAUAUGAUGAUGGUGCAUGACAGACAUUACAUGGAUUACACUGCUUGUGAUAAGUUCAAGGUGCUAAAAUCUGGAUGUGAACAUUGGUGCAGAGCUAAGCUGCUAGUCUCAGAAGCGAAUGCAGAUGGAGCAGUUAUUGUAAAAUAGAGUGUAUGUAAGAUUGCUUUGAUGCAUUGCUUUGAUGGUUUUUGUUCAAAGCAGUGUUGGUUACACAUCUUCCACAACAGAUCAUACAGUGUAUUUGGAGAGAAUUGUUUAUAUUUCUUUUUACUGACUUCAUUUAUAUCGUCUGUUCUUUUUAACAUGGAAUUAAUAUAUUUUGAAUGAAAAUAUCACAUUUCUUAUUCUAAUCAUAGUAUAUGGUUUAGGCUCAUUUGUGUAAUAUGUCUCCAAAAAAACAAUCAAGCACAUGUCUUGUGAUUAAUCAGGCAAAUAAAUAUCACAUUUUCCUUUCAUAUUUUUCUACCCAAACACUUUAUUAGUGGAAAGCGACAGGUUUUCUAGUUUUAUGUGUGUUUCAAAACUAAACUCAA